UGUCGUUUGAGGCUUUUCCUUUGUAUGCCUGGCAGUCUGGGAAGGUCUAGAGGGAGGGAGCCGCCCCCUUGCCUGUCUACCUUUCCCUGCACCUGUCCAGGCAAUGUAUUAGUAGGAUCACACUGCCUGUAGGAUCACACUGCCUGUAGGAUCACACUGCUCUCUCCCACUUGGAGUGCCUCUCCACUCAUCUGAUCUGUGGAUCCCAGUUAUAGAGACUAGCAAUCUACUACAACAUCUCUUGGCUGACAUACACCACCCCAAGUCUCAACAUGUCCUUUGGACUCAGUCUGGAGGAUCUGCGAUGGAAAUGUGGAUUAUAAUGAUCAUGGCUGUGAUUAACAUUGCAUGUGAAUGGGCCUGCAUUGGGAAGAGACGCUUUGCACAUAGAGAUCCCUGAGAGGUGUGAACCGGGAGCUUCUGAGACUCUUCAUUAUCAUAUGUCAACUUGGCCAAUAUACAAACUUUCUCUACAUAUAUCAGCCAAGUGUGCCCUGUGCGACAUUACAAACGCCUGCAGGAUUGCAGUAGGUGCUGCUGAUCAGGACAAGCUUCAUCCCCAUCCUUCACCUGGACUCCAUGGCUCCUCUAGAUGUAGGGAGCUAUCUGGCCGGAAUGGAUACCCUGGGACAAGUGGGCUCUCACUUCUUGUUGCCUUCUGCCAGGGAGAGCCCUUUGCUAAUCAAUGACCCCAUGGCACAAGCCGAUCGCCUCUCCCGUAGUGCCCCCUCGGACCUGACUCACCUGCAGGGCAUCCUGCGCCGGCGGCAACUCUACUGCAGGACUGGCUUCCACCUGCAGAUCCUGCCCGACGGCAACGUCAUGGGGACCCGGCAGGACCACAACCGCUUCGGCAUUCUAGAAUUCAUCAGUGUGGCUAUUGGUCUGGUGAGCAUAAGAGGAGUGGACACCGGCCUCUACCUGGGUAUGAAUGAUAAAGGGGAACUCUUCGGAUCUGAAAAAUUAACUUCUGAAUGCAUUUUCCGGGAGCAAUUUGAAGAAAACUGGUAUAAUACUUAUUCCUCAAAUCUAUAUAGACAUGGAGACUCUGGUAGACGAUACUUUGUAGCACUUAAUAAAGACGGAACUCCUAGAGAUGGAGCUCGAGCUAAAAGACAUCAGAAAUUCACACAUUUUCUGCCUAGACCAGUAGACCCUGAGAAGGUACCUGAACUCUAUAAAGAUGUCAGCUGAAAAUCUACAAUGGUAAUGAAGGAUAUUUAUGCCAAAGCAGGUCUUUUCUUGAGGAAAAGUGAAGAUGAAAUAUGUAAAAGAGUCUAUGACGACUUGGAUGAGUAAGACCAAAAAAAUGUUGAUGGCUAUUGUAAAGACCUGCUACAUUGUGAAUGAAGAUGCAAGGAAAAGCAGAUAAGAAACAGAGCCAAUAUUCCUUUGCUGCUCAUUUGUGGAAUUAAAUGGCCUUAUAGGAAAAAGCGUUGGACUAUCUGAUUGGCAGAUGGAAUCAUACGACAUAUUCUAAAACUGUAAAUACCAAAGAAUGGAUAUAUGGAAAAAAAUCAAUACUGCCUAACAUUGGGGGAGAUUUUUUCAUGACAACUGGAUAAAAAAAA